AUGGCUGCUCCGGUGGCCAUAAUCAAUCCGGUGACUAUAGGCAAAAGUGCUGACGAGGAGGAUAUGCUGGAAAGAAGUACGAAGAAGGCCAAGGACAAUACGUUGGGUGCAACGUCGGUGCCUAGUGAUGUAUUGCUUUCAUACAAAGAGAUUGUAACGGGGUGUAGUGCUGAGGAGAUGGAGGAUGGUUCGUCUGAUGAGGAGGGGGAGGAGAGAGCACUCAACGCUAUGACGGAUGGGAUUAGGAUUGUGGAGGAGAGCAUAGGAGGGUAUGAAUGCCCUGUGUUUAUCUUGUCAGAAGCUGAGGAGAAGAGGAUACAACGACCGUGGAAGAGAGGGGUCAUCGUGAAGUUGUUGGGCAGAAGAAUUGGUUACAAAGCCUUGGAGAAUAGAUUGAAUCAGAUGUGGGUGAGGAAAGGAGUUAUCAACAUCAUAGAUCUAAGUAAUAACUAUUACUUAGUAGCCUUCUCUAAUGAAGAGGAUAAGCGGGAAGCCUUAACCAAUGGUCCAUGGUUCAUAUAUGAUCAUUACCUCACAAUAAAAGAUUGGAUCCCUAAUUUCCAGCCUGAAUGUGAUACUAUUGAUGAAGUUGCUGUGUGGGUGAGGAUCUCAGGAUUGCCUAUUGAAUAUUAUGAUGCGAGAGUUUUAACUGUCAUAGGUAAUCGGAUUAGGCGUGCAAUCAAAGUAGAUAAGAAUACUAUUAAACAGGAGCGGGGGAAGUAUGCUAGAGUUUGCGUUGCAGUGAAUCUAACUAAACCACUUCUGGCCAUGUUGAAUAUCAGUGGGAGAAAUUAUAAGGUAGAGUAUGAAUGUUUUCACCUUCUUUUCCUUUGUUGUGGGAGAUAUGGUCAUUACAAAGAAGGGUGUCCGCAUAAUCUAACACACAAAGGAAAAGUGCAUACUGAUCAAACGGGCAAAGGAGUGAAAGACGGAGAAGGUAUCUCAGGAGUUGUGAAAAUAGGUGAUAACGUGGUUGAAGGAGAUGGUCCCUGGAAGAUUGUUCAAAAGCAAAAGUGA